GAAACAAAACCGAUACUAGGGAGUUCGUGACAGGUGAAACGAAAUUGUUAAAACUAUAUUAUACAUUCAACAGUGUCAAACUAGAAAUCUAAAAAUGGCGUCACUACAGAGGAAAGUUAAGACCCCAAGGAAGGCAACGCGAGCUUUAGGACUGAAUGAUGACUGGCAGACUGGAAGAUCUCUGGCAGAAACCAACCUUUUCAUGCUAGAAAACAAGAUUGCCUGCGACGUCACGUUCCGCGUUGGUCCAACAAGAGGCAUAAUUGAAGCUCACAAGUUCAUGCUGAUAAGUCGCAGUCACGUGUUUGCAGCCAUGUUCACUGGUCCAAUGGCUGAAACGGGUGUGGUGGAUAUCCCGGAUGUUGACGUCACUGUCUUUAAUCUGUUUCUCAGAUUCGUGUACGCUGAUGACGUCACAGUGAAAUCUGAUAACGUAAUGUAUCUACUGUACCUAGCCAAAAAGUACAGCACUGGAAAGCUGGAAGAUAUUUGUCUGAAAUUCCUUAAAACAUCCUUAAACGCCAAGAACGUCUGCACUAUCCUGGAACAAGCCAAGUUCUUUAAUGUAGAUGAACUAUGUAACACAACCAUUAAAUACAUCUUGGAAAACGGAAAUUCGACUUUGAAGUCACCAGAUUUUCUGACCUUAUCACAGGAGUCCGUACUGGAUGUCGUGAAGUCUGAUGACCUCCAAGCAGACGAGGAAGAAGUAUUCCAGGCUGCCUUUGAGUGGGCCAAGCACCAGUGUGAGCAGAAACACGUGGCCAUCAAUACGGAGACUUUACGAAAACAACUUGGAGACAUCGUCCAGCAGAUCCGCUUCCCUCUUCUGGACAGACAGUUCUUUGUCCGGACAGUGGUUCCUAGCGGCGUGCUGACAGACAAGGAACAGUUGCUGAUUCACAACCAUGCUGUCUGCAAAGAUGUUCCUGUGGCGCCAUUCUCUGACAAACCGAGAAACUGUAGAAGCAAGCACAGCGUUCACAUACCAUUAGAGAUGGUAGACGAGUAUAACCCGAAUUAUGAAUCCGUGUUUAAAGUUUUCUAAUACUGUCGACCGGGGAUGACAAUUUUUAUAAUGACUGACGAAUAAUAUUCUAGAAACUAGCGUCACUCCCGUGAAUCUGUUGUAACGACACAUUAUUGAUUAUUACGAAUGAAUACGAUGCAUAUUUGAAUAUUACUUUACUUACUGUUUGUUCCAAUCAAUGUUACAAUUUCACACACCACCUA